GGUGAAAGGAGGAGUCUCCCAGCUCUGUAUUUAAACAGGUCAGGUAUUCAACUAACACCUGUCAGCUACAGCAGAGUCCUGCUUCCCUCUACAACAGGAAAGCCUGGUCCAUCCUGCUCACAGUCCGCUAAGUCUACUGUCCAACAGCUGCUGCUGCUGCUGAUGAUGAUGAUGCCUGCUCUGUCCUCUGCAGCCCUGCUGCUGCUGCUGCUGCUUCCUGGGACCCUGACUGAGUCCCAUCCUCCAGUUUCUAUUAGUGUGGUGGUGGAGUCACCAAACACCAAACCAGUGACUUACACCACUCAUGUGGUUUUCAGAGGGAUCCUGCUGGGUGCACUGAAAAGACUCAUGAACUCCAAUGCAAACUUUAAGUUCACCUACACAGAAGAUCCAAACUAUGGUCCAUACCUGGAGAGUGUGAAUGGUGUGGCUGGAAGUGCUGAAGACCACACAUACUGGGAGCUCUUGGUGGAGACUCCAGAUGACAAAACCAUAAGACCUGAUGUUGGUAUUGGGUGUUACAUUCCCAGCGCAAAUGACAAAAUCAUUCUGAGGUUUUCAAAGUACAACAACCAAUGUACAACAUGAGAUCAGAGCAAGCGCUGGACCUGUCUAGAUAACAGUGUACUUCAUAAAUGAAUAAGCAAAUAAUGUUGAUUGAUUCUAACUUCUGGAUAAAUUAUGCUUCCAUGUGCUGAUGUUACUGGUUCGCAAAGGAAAAAUCUCACAGGAGAAUAAACUUCAUUAUUGUCUCUUGAA